GUGAGAGAGAGAGGAGAGACGUCGCGGAGGAGCCUUAUGAAAUCAAACGUCACAGCAGCUGACCGGGUAGUCUCGACACAGCACAGUGAACAAGGACACUGAAAGACUGCUAACAGAUCACCGCCACCUUCUCACGUUAACUGGGCUUCAUCUUUAAAGAGAGAGGAGGAAGAGGAGGUAUUUUCCACAGUUUCCCACAGCACGUCAGCGUCCAGAGGAAGAGACCGAGUGUGAAGUGAGUGACAUGGCAAGUAGAGGCGGAGCUACACGACCCAAUGGGCCAAAUGCAGGCAACAAGAUCUGCCAGUUCAAACUUGUGCUUUUAGGAGAGUCGGCGGUGGGGAAGUCAAGUCUUGUACUUCGUUUCGUCAAGGGACAGUUUCACGAAUUCCAAGAGAGCACAAUCGGAGCUGCCUUCCUGACUCAGACGGUAUGUUUGGACGACACAACGGUCAAGUUUGAAAUCUGGGACACAGCUGGUCAGGAGCGCUACCACAGUCUGGCUCCCAUGUACUACAGAGGUGCCCAGGCAGCCAUUGUGGUCUAUGAUAUAACAAAUGAGGAUGCACAGUCGUACGCAGAUGACAACAGUUUGCUUUUUAUGGAAACGUCAGCGAAGACCUCGAUGAACGUCAACGAGAUAUUCAUGGCCAUCGCAAAGAAGCUUCCCAAGAACGAGCCUCAAGCUGCCGGAGCGAGCAGCGGGCGGAACCGGGGAGUGGACCUGACAGAGACGGCCCAGCCCACCAGCCGUCCCUGCUGCAGUAACUAACCCGGCUCUUCCUGUUCAUCAUCAUCAUCCUCCACACACACUCACACACACACACACACACACACCCCUACUCUGCCCCCUCUUCCUCCUCCUCCUCCUCCCUCCCUGAACAACAUCUGGACAUCGGGCUCCUUGGCUCCCUGACGUCAGACCUUCAGCCUCACUCCCCUUGGAAUAGCUAAAGACUCUGUAUAGCUGCAUUUCUAAUACCUUUUUUUUUUUUUUUUUUUUUUUUUUUUUGAUGUUCUUUUUUUCCUUUUCUUUCUCUUUUUUUUUUUUUUUUUAACUUUUUUUAAGAAGUGUAUAUCAGUAUAAUGGAUGCAUGUAUCACUACAACGCCUACACACACACACACACACACACAAACA